CCAAAUGCCGAGUGGCAUGAGAGGCAUGUCCUCGACUGGCAGCAGCACCGGCUGGUCAUCGAGAAUCUGCCCAAACAGCGCCCGUAUCUCAUCAGAGUGGAGGCCCAUAACAGUCUUGGAGGAGCCCCGGUUGAGGCCAAGGAGGUGAUAGGGUUUUCCGAUGAGGACCGACCCUCGGAGGCGCCCAAGUUAUUGAGUAUAGUCGAGAAAAUCGAUGGCAAAAGUGCGAGACUUAGUUGGGAGGCCGUCCCUCCCAUGUCACUGAAUGGACAUUUCAAAGGAUACAAAGUGCAGGUGUGGACAGACAGCUACGAGAACCGUAGCGAACAGAUAGUGUCGGCAAACGAGACGAAAACACGAAUAGAUAUAUUGACGCCCGCGAAGAGGAACUACAUUCAAGUGCUCGCAUUCAACGGCGCUUUCGACGGCCCGCCGUCCACCCAGAUCUUCUUGGACACCCCUCAGGACAUAUACCCGGAUCCUCCCGCCUUCAUAUGGGUGCGUCAUACAAACGGCGCCAAUAAGUACUUCCUUCGCAUCACAUACGAGCCAAACGUGACGAACAACAACCCGGGCGACAAGAUAUACGUCGAGUACCGGCGCAAAAGCAUCGACAGCUUAGACGAGUGGGAAACAACGGUCAAAGAGGACAUAUCCGAGGUUAAAGGGUCCGUAGAUUUGGUGGACCUCUUUGAGUUCAAUACGUUUUACGAGAUCCGAGUGGUGGCCGAGUCGGGAGAACUCAGGGCUUACAGUAAUAUAACGAUUAUAGAUACCGGGCUUAAUAAGUGGCCACAGCCUACCACCACUACCACUCAGGCACCACCAGUUCCCCAGACAUUUGAGCCGUAUAUACCCCGUGGACACGACACGGAGUCGGCGCCCAUACAUCCCGGUCCUGAUUUCAACCCGGAUAAUAGGGGCUCUUCUGAAGGAGGAGAAGGGGGAGACCUUCAGGGGCCGGAUGCCGACGCCGAAGAUAAUGGAUUCUCGAAGACCCACUGGUUUAUAGCACUGGUAUGUGUGUUGGCCUUCAUAUGUGCGUUCGUCGGUGUGUUUAUAUUCCUGAAGAGACGACGGACGGGUAGUUCAGACGUGAAUCGAAAGCCCGCGCGAGGGGUGACGGGAGACAAGAUUAGGUCGACUACUAUGACGGCAUCCAAUACUAACGAGUCGAGUGAACCCCACGAGACCAACAGUUUUAUAGUAAUUGAUACUAAUGUGAGGAAUGGUAGGGCUCGCGGUAGGGACGAGGUCGAUGAUACUACAGGCGAUGAUGACCAGCACCGGGAUGUCUAUAAUGGCACCACGGAAUCGGUCCAUUAGGAUUUAUAUAUAUAUACUGAACUAUUAAUUGAUUUUUUCUAAUUGUGUGUAAAGUUUUUUUGGGUUUUUAAUGAUAGAGUUAUUGAUUAUAUAAACCUUUUUGUAUUAGUAUUACAGAUAUAUUUUGAGAUCAUUUAUCGCAUAUGACAUCAAAUCUCAUCCAUGUUUUUCUAAAUAUUCGUGUAAUUGAAUUACCUAGCU